CAUGCGAUGCUGGAACUUACGGCCCCAGCUGCCAACACAACUGUAGUGAUUUCUGCUUACACCCGGGCAUGGACUCCCCGUGCGAUGGGGUAACUGGUGACUGUCUGUAUGGCUGUGAGAGUAGCUACCAGCCUCCGCUCUGCAUUACACUCUGUGACCCAGGGAUGUAUGGACCCAAAUGUGAGCUGACGUGCAGCACCCACUGUUACACGCUAGAUAACAACACAGUCCCUUGCAACAGCUUGGAUGGAAUCUGUCUUUACGGCUGUGAGGAUGGUUACAGCGAGGCCACCUGCAACGUCUCAUGCUCGGUGGGAAAAUAUGGCAAGAGAUGUGAGUUGCCUUGCAGUGAGCACUGCGCGCCUUCCAAUGAAUCCACUGUUUCAUCGUGCCACCAAGUUACAGGCGACUGCAAUUUUGGGUGCAAAAUUGGUCACUUUGGGACGACAUGUGAUAAAA